AUGCAUAGAAAAAAUGAAGAAGGGACGAAAAGGCAGAAAACGACAGUGUUCUCGCACAAGCAGAGGGUGGCGGUUUGGUCUGCUGCUACUGCAACUGCUGCAUCUGCUGCUGCUAGUUUGAUAGGGUGUUGUCGGUGGCAGUGUACGGGGGCCAGGAUAAAUGAUUUUUGUGGGACUUUCUACCCCGAUUCCUAUCUCUGUCGCAUACUUGAAUCUCGGGAUCUACAGGAAGCCCCAACUCCUAUUUUACAGGUUUUCGCCCCUGAGUGGUACGGCAGUUCUAGGGCCUCGCAGGAGUGCAGGUCGCGUGCUGCGCAAGGGGCCCCCGUUCUUAAUGUCGCAGGGGGCCCUACCCAGAUGGAUUCCGAGCAAAACAAGAACCCCGUUCCUCUGAUGUGCUCCAUGGAGCUCAGAACUGAAUGUUCAGAGGCGGCCACUGCUCCCUCAGACUCCAGGGAUGACUCGGCAGCAGCAGCCACAGAGGCCCCUGAACCUCCCGCCAACAGCUUUCCACCGGUUCGCUGUUUUUCUGAGGAGAACAGCAACAAGAACAGGGAAAGCAGCGGGGUUGCCAACGUUUGCAUAGUCGGGGUACGGGAGACCCUCGCACUAGAUGGGGCCCCCAUUUGUCAGGCUACAGCAGCAAGCGCAGAGGGCCCCUUGAAAGGCCCUCUCCCCCCUCCUCAACGGCGCCUUCAGUCAGGCUACGUGCCUUACAAUCCGUACGGUCUCUCCCGUCUCAGUCGGCAGUUGCUGGAGCUAACAGAGUUGCCCUUCAUGAUCUUGUGGGUGUACUUCGCCUACUUUCUGGUCAUCGUUUCUCUCACUGCACACAAAGUAAAGAGCAGAGUGUGGCUCAGUGCUCUCGUCGCGGGGGCCCUCGUCGGUGUGGGCCUGAAUGCAAACGCGUAUAGGGCUAUCAUGUACCGAGGAUACCCAGAUGUCGGGAUUAUUGUUCGCUUUUUCCUUAUUCCCUUCGGGGUGUCUGCACUCUCCGGAUUGUCGCACUCACUGCGAGAGGACUUUCUGCUGGUCUUCCCUGUGGACCCGGUACAGCUUCUGGUGGCGAUCACCGUGCCGACUGUUGUUGUAUGCUCCUUGCUGCUGAGUCGGAUCAUUCUGCUGUACCGACUGCAGGUGCCCAUCACUCUCCGCAAUUUCUUCUUGAAUGGUAGCAUUUACUCCUAG